GAACCAUCGGUUAUUGACAGAAAGCAGUCGAACCCACACCGGCGUUGCAGCCUUCCUCACCAUCGCCAGAAACAGAAAGCAUUCGAACCCACACCAGUAUUGCGGCCUUCUUCACCAUCGCCAGAAACGGAAAGCAGUCGAACCCCACCAGCGUUGCAGCCUUCUUCGCAAUCUCCAGAAACAGGAAAAAGACAAAAUGGAAAACGAAGAAAGAGCCCAGUUGGAAGCCCAACAUCAAAAAGAGGUGGACAAUCUUAAGGAAGAAGUCACAAGGCUUAGUAGUCUACUCGAGCAGGCCUUGAGAGACAAAUCCGGAAAAGCAACAUAUAUAGCUCAGCCUGAACCUAUGCUCGUAAAUCCCUUCACUCCACAGAAUCUGGGGGCAAACGAGAAGGAAUCUCAAAAAGGCAAGAUGGUAAAAGAAGAUGAUCUGAACAAAUUCAUUACCCUAGAGCAAAGGAUGAUGGCAUUUGAGGGAAUUCGCCUAUAUGAUCCUAUAAAGGCUGUUGAUAUGUGUUUGGUGCCCAACGUUGUCAUUCCUAAAAAAUUUAGAGUGCCAGAAUUUGUUAAAUAUACGGGAACUCAAUGCCCUAUAACUCAUCUCAAAGCAUACUGCAACAAAAUGGCUGAGGUGGUUGAUGAUGAGAAACUGCUGAUUCAUUUCUUUCAAGACAGCUUGAGUGAUGUUUCCCUCACUUGGUAUAUACGGUUGGACAAUACCAAGGUUAAAAAAUAGAAGGAUUUAGUUGAUGCCUUCAUGAGGCAAUAUAAGUUCAAUAUAGAUGUGGGCCUUGAUCGUUUAAACUUGCAAGCUAUGGAGAAGAACAACAAGGAGUCCAUAAGGGAAUAUGCCCGAAGAUGGAGUGAGGUAGCUGCACAAGUUAACCCUCCUAUAUUGGAAAAAGAGAUGAUUAGUUUAUUUUCCAACACCUUUAAAGCUCCGUACUUUGAAUACUUGGUUAGAAGCUCUGCACAACAUUUCACUGACCUGGUUGUUACAGCUGAGAGGAUUGAACAGGUCAUUGGGUUAGGUAAGAUUACUAACCCGACUGAGAAGAACGGUUUCACUGAAGGUGGUUGCCAAGGCACUUAUCGUUCCUAUAGCUAAUUGCUUCACACCGACUCCCAGAAAUCAACUAUCUUGAAGAAAAGCUAUGGUGAUAUUAGGUCGAGAAUGAUCUACAUAUGAUUUCAAUUGACUGUUGAAAAGAUGCCCUUGUCGAGGAGAAUGAAUGAUUGAAAGAUUCCAGAAAUUCCAAUCAAUGAUCGCUAAAUGUUUAGCCCCUUUAUGUGUUAUCAUGCCAGUGUUCAUAGCCCAAGCUGUUGGCAUAAGUUCUUUGUUGUUAAACUUCUUCUCCAAAGUUUCAAUGAAAUAAUGAGUUUGUCAUUCAAUCAUGUUUACGACCAAGCAUUAUUCAUUUUCUUGAGAGAGUUUUCU